AGUGUCUACGGCUGAGCUGGUGGCCCCAGCUGGCUAGUGGUCCGUGGUACCUGACCCCGUGGUUCUCCUGAGGGUGUGCUGAGUCGUGUUUCCCGGAAGACCCCCGUGGGUACAAUCGUGUGCUGCUUUCGUGUACCUCUUGGUUCAGCGGGGCUCGGUAACCACUCUGUCCCUGGAGGCUUGGUGGCCGGAAAGGACCCUGAGCAUCACUCACUAGCACCCUGCCUGCCUUCCUGGCUGAUACGCAUGAUUCUCAGUGAUUUGUUGUUGUUUUUUCCCCCCACAGCUUGUUCCGAGAACACAAACAGGACCUGCCAAGAAUGCCUGAAAAAUGUCUCUUGUCUUUGGUGCAACACUGAUAAGACGUGCAUGGACUAUCCAGUGUCAAAAAUCUUACCGCCUGCUUCUCUUUGUAAGCUGAGCUCUGCACGCUGGGGCGUUUGCUGGGUGAACUUCGAGGCGUUGAUUAUCACCAUGUCGGUGGUUGGGGGCCUCCUCCUCCUGGCAGUCGCCAUGUGCUGCUGCUACUGCUGCUGCAGGAAGAAGAAGAGCCGGAAGCCAGACAAGAGUGAGGAGAAGGCCAUGAGGGAGCAAGAAGAGAGGAGAAUACGGCAGGAAGAAAGGAGAGCAGAGAUGAAGUCAAGGCAUGAUGAAAUCAGAAAAAAAUAUGGUUUGUUUAAAGAGGAAAACCCAUAUGCUAGAUUUGAAAACAACUAGAACACACUUCUGCCCUGUCAAGCAGUCCCAAAGGCGCUCCUAGGGAGAGCAGUCUGCAGACCUGGCCGCCCAUCCUGCCUCCUCACCUUGACGAAGUGAGCAGGACACAGCUGCCCUGAGGCAGUCCUGUUCUUAUCCCCUGAGCUUCUGUACCCUGUUCUGUUUCUGUAUUUAGUUACUUGUGAUAUUGAGUCUGUGGGGGUGGGGGAAGGUUGCUUUUGUUUUAUUGUUAAUUUGAGGAGGAAUCAUGCACAUUCCACUUCUCGGUUUGUGACCUGAUUGCAAACUGAUAGCCAUGACACUAACUCCAGCCAUCCUCCUGCUGGAUGGACCAGUCUCACAUCAUUUCCCCCUAAGCCACAGGGGCAGAUCUCAAGUCCCUGUCACACUUUCUCCCCAGUGUCAGUUCUGGUGGCUUUCCGCAUCCAGGAUGCAGUGUCAGUGGCCCUACUUCCUGACUGUAGUUGCCAUGAAGAGCAUUGAGGAAUAAGCUUAUUUAAAAUUUUAAAAAAUAAUAAUUUCUAGAUUUUAUUUCCCCACCUACAAGAUUUCACCAAAAACUUCACUGUUAAUAUUCAGACCACAUAUUAUAUGAUUUAAUUUGUAUCUUUACUGGAACAUGAAGGUUAUUAUCCAGUGAAAACAUGAAUUAUAAAUGAAGUUUUGAAACAGCUUCUCUAAGGCAAUAGAUGGUACUAUCUAUCACACACCAGCAUGGAGCACGAGAGUGCUGGUAACUGCCCUGUAACUGGCCCUGUAACUCAUUGUUUCUGGCCCCAGUAACAGCAGGCGCUCUCCUGGGUCUCUCCCUGCUGCCGGGCUGUGUGCCAGCCCUGAGGAAGGCACCAUGCCCUGGGCAGCCCCUCUGCAAGGCUCUGUGCACUGGGAAGUGGGGCAUCCAGGGCCAGCUGAGGAAAUCUCCACAUGCCACACAGACACUGGUGAUUGUCCUGCUUCUAAGACAACCCUGGCUCUGAGCCUUGCUCCUUUGGCUCAGGUGUGUCUUGGGACUUCUUUAGAGGCGGCUUUCAUUAGGGCAUUGGUGGCCUCCAGGUGCCCUGUGGCACCAUAUGUGGUGGUUUCAUUUCUUUCAGAUCAAGAGACUGGGCCUCAGUAAUAGACUGAGUGCAUGUCAGGGACAGCAGCAGACAAGGAAGGAACAGUGGGAGCAGCAUUUCUUAAUCUGACACAUUCCCCGGUACCAGCUUUGACUUAGAAAAACAUUUCACUUUGGAAAAGUAGGCCAGCAGGCACAUAAAAGAAGCCGUGCGUUCAGUAUCCACACUCCUGCUGCUCUUAGCUCCAAAUAAAGCUCACGUGCAGAUCAGAAUGAUCAAAACCGCACGACAGCCUUUACCCGCGGAGCCGGUGCUGGGAGUAAUUCCACAAAACCAAGAAACUAACCUGAACAAAGUCCAGUCUUAUUUCUCCACUCCUUGGGCAUUUGACUGCAAUUUAAAGUAUUUCAGGACAUUCCUUAGUGUUUUAACGUAGCCUAACAACUUGGACACUUUGCUCUUUAUUCAUAGGGAAACUUUGUAACCGACUUGUAACUUUGUAACAAGCUUUGUAUUAAUAAGUAGCUAGUGUGUAUGUAAAGGCCCUUGCUAUAGGUUGUUGUGCUGAUACAGUGAAUACAGUGUGUUUAAUCCUCUCAGGAGACAGCCCUCCGAAGGGCAUCUGAAAGGCAUCCCAGUUCACAUGCUUUUCUCUGACAAUGCUAAAAGCAACCAAAAAUUCCAACCUCAAGAAACUAUAAAGUUUGGAGUGCCUUAAUUUUUAACCAGUUUCCAGUACAUAGUUUAAUACAUGCUUUUGCUGAAUA